CCAUAUUUAUUUGUAAUCAAAGUUGAUUUUAUGCGUUUGUUUUAUGAGAAAAUUAAUCUUUUCAAUUUUUACGAGAUUCUAAUGCAGUGAACUGAAAAAAAACUAAGCAUUGAAUACUUAAUAUAUCGUAUGUGAAUACCUUACGUGCAUAUCCAAGUCUUCGCUCGGUUUUAAACGUUAAAACACAAGGUAUACUUUUAAAAUGGAUUCCGAGGUGUAUAAAUUCAAUAAAACUUACGAAGAGCGACUGGAUAAUUUGAAUACCAUUCUUCUCGAUACCGAAGAUACCUCAUCUGUUCCUCAGAUAUCAAGAAUAUGGUCAAAUUAUUUGGAAUUAUCCAUCGAGCCCGUUGGUUGGAAAGCAUUGUGGUAUAUGUCUAGAAGGUGUUGUAAUGAACUAAAAGUAACAUUUCCUGCCAUCGUUGUAGUCACGGUCGAUUACAUAGAUUUUAACGAAUUGACCGCAAACGUUACCGUCGUAGAAGUUGAAGAUGUCGAAGAAUCGAAUAAAAUACCGGCUAAAGUGAAUGACGUGCCUUUGAAAGAGUUAUACAUUACCCUUAAUCAAGAUUACGAAGGUCCUGAUUUCAGUAUCACCGCUGAGUGUUUGGAUAGCUACAGAUUUUUUUUUAACCACUUAUGGUGGCCAUGGGACGAUGAAGAUAGUGCUACGGAGAACUGGAUAGAGUUACAUUUCCUGUUCAGAUUAAAAUUAUUUUAUGAUAUGCUGAACGGGAAUAUGCAUUACGUGAGCGCAAAAACUAUCAAAUUUUUGAUAGAAAAAGGUAAAGAAGUGUACAACAGCAUAGAAGAUAUACAAAACGAGCUUGAUGGCGUUCACGAUCCGGAAUCAUUAGAGGAUUCUCGCGUUGUAAAAUUGAUUGAGCUAACCGAAGAAUUAUAUUCUAUCAAGAAAAAGCUACUACAUUGGGAAAAUCCUGAUUUGAGGAAAUCCUUGAACGCAGACAUUCAAAAAAAGCACCACACAAAAGGAAUCGCUGUAGUGGUACCAGAAUGUUCUAUGUUUGAGUUCGCCCAGUACGCCGAUCAAGCUGCGAAGCUGUGUUCUGAAACAGAAUUAUACAAACGAACUACAAACACGUUGAGAGAAGCAUUACUCUAUUACAUUCAAGGUGAUACGAUUUUUGUCGCGCCCAGUUCACAAUCAGUCUCUGGAAACGAACACCUUGGUCAUAACGUUACCAUCAGAGGUUUUGGUCCGAAGAACAUGCCAAAAAUUACCGAUGCUCGUUCGCAUUGGUGUCUUUUUGAAAGCAUCGGAGAUAACAUCGUUAUGAAUGAUCUUACAAUCGAAGUACAAUCUUCCAGAACUGCUAUAGCUGUCAAAGGGACCACGUUUUUAGAUUCGAUAUUUUUCAAAAAUACGAAUACGAGUUCCAUGAGCGCAAUUACUGUUCACUCGAAGGGUACUCUGGUUGCUUCUAAAUGUAACUUCGAAGGUUUCAACGUCGCUAUUUUAUGCAUGAAAGGAGCAACGUUACAUCUUAUGGAUUGUACUUUUCAGAAUAAUGAUGUUUGCCUCAAGAUUGAAAACGGCUGUGAAAUGGUGGUGGAGAAUUGCGAUUUGAGUGAAACUAAUAGCGUUCCGAUACAAUUCAGAGAUGAUUCUGCGUCUAACAAAUGCACCACUUCUAUGGAGUUUUUCAACAGUGUGGAAGGUAUCGCUUUAAAUUCCAUUAAAGUUGCCGAUACACAAAAAGUGGUUCAAGUUUUGUAAUUUAUGAAAAAAAAACGAAUAGGUAUGCAUUCCAAUUACAAACUCGUUGAUCCGAAUUUUGCAUUUGGAAACGUUGCUUCUUUAUAAUUUUUUAAUUUGAUAGGUGUAGUUUUUAAUGGAACUUUAAGUAACCUAUUGUACGCUUAUUUUAAUUGUUUACCAAUACUCAUUAUAUGGUUUUAACUUUCCAA